AUGGUGCAUUUUACUGCUGAAGAGAAGGCUGCUAUCACAAGCCUGUGGGGCAAGGUGAAUGUGGAAGAGGCUGGAGGCGAGGCCUUGGGAAGGCUCCUGGUUGUCUACCCAUGGACCCAGAGAUUUUUUGACACCUUUGGCAACCUGUCCUCUGCCUCUGCCAUAAUGGGGAAUCCCAAGGUCAAAUCUCAUGGCAAGAAGGUGCUGACCUCCUUUGGAGAUGCUGUUAAGAAUCUAGACAACCUCAAGGGCAUCUUUGCCAAGCUGAGUGAGCUGCAUUGUGACAAGCUGCAUGUGGAUCCUGAGAACUUCCGGCUCCUGGGAAAUGUGCUAGUGAUUAUCUUAGCAAACCACUUUGGCAAAGAAUUCACCCCCCAAGUGCAAGCUGCCUGGCAGAAGAUGGUAACUGGUGUGGCCAAUGCCCUGGCCUACAAGUAUCACUAA